AUGGCAUCAGUUGAAGUAGAGGCUGCGCCAAAAGGCUUAUUUGCAGGUAGGAAAACAUUUUUAGAUCAUAAGCAGAAGAAACACAAAAUGUUUAAAGCAGAUGAUGCUCCAGAUUCUGAAGAGGAUAUUCUAAACGAACAAGUGAAAUCAGGAAGGAAAGAAAAUAAGAGAUACCUGACUGGAGAUAGUGGACUACGGCUAUCCAGAAUGAGAGUAAACCAGAAAAAGAGAAGGAUAGAAGACCAGAGACACCCGACUCCAGAAAGAGGACCAAGGGUAUCCACAAGGAAAGAAGACCAGAGAUACCUGACUGGAGUUAGUGAACAAGUGAAAUCAGGAAGGAAAAAAAAGAAGAGAAACCCGACUCCAGAUAGUGGUAAGGUUCAUUACAAUUCCAAUAUGCAACUUCCUCCUCUUGUUAUUAAUGCACUUAUUCAUGACUAUUCUAAUCAGAUCCACCAUACAUUUAUCUACUAUUCCCAAAAUAAAAUCAACUUCAUUCUUCCAGAACAAGUGAAAUCAGGAAGGAAAAAAAAGAAGAGAAACCCGACUCCAGAUAGUGGACCAAGGGUAUCCACAAGGAAAGAAGACCAGAGAUACCUGACUGGAGAUAGUGAACAAGUGAAAUCAGGAAGGAAAAAAAAGAAGAGAAACCCGACUCCAGAUAGUGGACCAAGGGUAUCCACAAGGAAAGAAGACCAGAGAUACCUGACUGGAGAUAGUGAACAAGUGAAAUCAGGAAGGAAAAAAAAGAAGAGAAACCCGACUCCAGAUAGUGAUCAACACCAGUUUGAUGAUGAUUUGAUGGAUUUCGGGUUUUCACAUGCUUCAAUGGAGGGGACUGCUACGCAAAGGGCUCUGAUUAAUGCAGUCAAAGAUGGCAAUUUAAAGAACUUGAUAUCUUUGAAAGAAGCCCGCGCUGAUGUUAAUGAAACCAAUUUUCAUGGUAAAACUGCUUUAAUGUUAGCUGUUGCAAAUGAUAAUGUAGAAUCUGUCAAAGCUCUAAUAGAAGCUGGUGCUCAUGUUAACAAGGCAAGUGAUUCUGGUUACACUGCUUUAAUAUUGGCUGUCAAGAAUAAGAACGUAGAUUGUGUAAGAGCUCUAAUAGAAGCUGGUGCUGAUGUGGACAAGGCAAGUGAUUCUGAUGAAACUGCUUUAAUGUUGGCUGCCAAGAAUGAUAAGGUAGAUAGUAUUAGGACUCUAAUAGAAGCUGGUGCUGAUGUGGACAAGGCAAGUGAUUCUGGUGAAACUGCUUUAAUAUUGGCUGUCAAAAAUAAGAAGGUAGAUUGUGUAAGAGCUCUAAUAGAAGCUGGUGCUGAUGUGGACAAGACAAGUGAUUCUGGUGAAACUGCUUUAAUGUUGGCUGUCAGGAAUAAGAAGGUAGAUUGUGUAAGAGCUCUAAUAGAAGCUGGUGCUGAUGUGGACAAGGCAAGUGAUUCUGGUGAAACUGCUUUAAUAUUGGCUGUCAAGAAUAAGAAGGUAGAUUGUGUAAGAGCUCUUAUAGAAGCUGGUGCUGAUGCGGACAAGGCAAGUGAUUCUGGUGAAACUGCUUUAAUAUUGGCUGUCAAGAAUAAGAAGGUAGAUUGUGUAAGAGCUCUUAUAGAAGCUGGUGCUGAUGUGGACAAGACAAGUGAUUCUGGUGAAACUGCUUUAAUGUUGGCUGCCAGGAAUGAUAAGUUAGAUUUUGUUAGAGCUCUAAUAGAAGCUGGAGCUGAUGUGGACAAGGCAAGUGAUUCUGGUGAAACUGUUUUAAUGUUGGCUGUCAAGAAUAAGAAGGUAGAUUGUGUAAGAGCUCUUAUAGAAGCUGGCGCUGAUGUGGACAAGGCAAGUGAUUCUGGUGAAACUGCUUUAAUGGUGGCUGCCAAGAAUGAAGAAGUAGAUUUCAUCAAGGCUCUAAUAGAAGCUGGCACUGAUUUUAAUAAGGCAAGUCGUUAUGGUGAAACUGCUUUAAUGUUGGCUGUUGAGAAUGAUAAGUUAGAUUGUGUCAGGGCUCUAACAGAUGCUGGUGCUGAUGUUAACAAUUCAAGUAAAUUUGGGGUAACUGCAUUAAUGUUGGCUGCCAGGAAUGAAAAUAUAGAUUGUCUAUUGGAUCUUAUAGAGGCUGGUACUGAUAUAAAAAGUGUGGAUGUGAACAAAGUCUAUUAUUAUCGUAGAACCGCUCUAAUGUAUGCUGCCAAGAAUGAUAAGGUAGAUUGUGUCAGAGCUCUAAUAAAAGCUGGUGCUGAUGUAAACCAGGCAGGUGAUUCUGGUAAAACUGCUUUAAUGGUGGCUGUUGAGAAUGAUAAGAUAGAUAGUGUAAGAGCUCUAAUAGAAGCUGGUGCUGAUGUAAACAAGACAGGUGAAUUUGGUGACACUGCUUUGAUGUUGGCUGUAAAGAAUGAGAAUAUAGAUUGUCUCAAGGCACUAAUAUAUAACAGGGCUGAUAUAAAAAAGAAAAAUAUGCUUGGAGAAACCGCCCUAAUGUUAGCUGCUAAGUAUGAUAAGGAGGAUUUUGCCCAAGCUGUUCUAGAGGGUAGAUCAAAUGAAAUGGGUGCUGAUGCUAAUAAACAUGAUUUCAGCCCUUCAAAGGAUGAGAAAAAUGUAAGAAAAUGUGAACAAAAUUUUAAUAAAGCAGAGGAAAUGCGUGUAAUUUCCCUUGAGGAAUCCUCAUGUAGUGAAGAUGAAGAUUGUGUUGCAUGUAGAAAUAGAGAUGAAAGUAAAGUUUGCUUCCUUAAUAAUGAGGAGAAGGCAAAACUUCUUCAUUUAAAAGGUGUCCAAAGCUUUGGCUUGAAACCAGGGGACACCAGAUAUACUGUUUAUCUUACAGAAAUCACACAAAACAUUGAACUCAAUCAACAUAAGUUCCUCAUAGAAAAGGUCAAAGAAAGCUCUCCCUCUUCAAUUAAACUUUGCACUGCUUUUGGGAUUGGCCCUAUGCCAUCAGUAGGCACAUUAGGUGGAAUUCUUUUAUUGAUAAAGACAUAG